AUGUCGCUAAUGUCAUCGAGAAAUCUCUUCGAAUUCAAUACAGGAAUUUUGGCGAAAAACAGAGACAUUUCAUGACCUAUUAUUAAAACAAAAAUAUAAUGUCAACAUUUGAAUAUGGACCAGAUUCAGGUGGUAGAACCAAAGGUGUUAUAAUAAAACCAAUAGUGUACGGAAAUGUAGCAAAAUAUUUUGGCAAGAAAAGAGAAGAAGAUGGUCAUACACAUCAAUGGACUGUUUAUGUCCGUCCUUUUGAGAAUGAAGACAUGUCAACUUAUGUUAAAAAGAUCAACUUCAAGUUGCAUGACAGCUAUGCCAACCAAAACAGAGUGCUUACCAAACCUCCUUAUGAAGUUACAGAAACUGGCUGGGGAGAAUUUGAAAUAGUCAUCAAAAUCUACUUUCAAGAUCCUAAUGAAAGACCUGUCACCUUGUACCACAUUUUAAAACUCUUCCAAAAUUCUCCUGAAAUUGUGGUGGGGAAAAAACCAGUGGUUUCUGAAUUUUAUGAAGAAAUUGUUUUUCAGGAACCGACUGUAAUGAUGCACCAGUUAUUAACUAAUAUUCCUCAACUUUCUACUUCUCCUGUCAAGCAUGAUGCAGACUUUGAAGAAAAGAAGGUAAGCACAUUGGAAAGCAUAGUUAAAGCAAAAACAAAAGUGAAAAAUGAACUCACAGAAUUGAAAGACCGCCUUCAGUUAGCGAAGGAAACUAUUCAGAAAUUCAGGGAUGAGGUGCAAAACCUUCAACUAGGUAACCCUGCUUCUGCUCAAACAUAGUGUUUUUCAAAUGAAAUAAAUUUGUGUUCGAAGUUUUA